AUGGCUGCUAGUCUUUCUACAGCUUUAGAUGUCCAUUUUACAAUACCACAAUCAGAUACAAAGAGGCCCAUUUUCUUCACUUCACCAAUCAGGCAAAACCCCACCAAGAAAAGGUUCACCAUUUCUUGCAAUUCUUCCACCUCGAAAACAUCAUCCUCUACACAACCACCACAAAAUCUCUCAGAAUCACCCAGCCCCCAAAACCCUUCUUUGUCUGACCAACUCAAGCCUCUCUCCACAACCACUCUCUCCUCCAAAGACCACCAAGCUCAACUCUUGUCCAAACCCAAGUCUACAUGGGUCAACCCCACAAGACCAAAAAGGUCUGUGCUUUCACUUCAAAGGCAAAAGAGGUCUCUUUACUCUUACAAUCCUCAAAUUAAAGAGUUGAAACUCUUUUCAAAGAAGCUAAAUGAUUGUGGCUCUGGUGAGGAUGAGUUUGUGUCUGUUCUUGAGACAAUCCCAUACCCACCAACUAGAGAAAAUGCUCUCUUGAUACUCAAUAGCUUGAGACCAUGGCAAAAGGCUCAUCUUUUCUUCAAUUGGAUCAAGACUCAGAAUUCGUUCCCGAUGGAAACUAUAUUCUACAAUGUCACAAUGAAGUCUUUGAGGUAUGGGCUGCAGUUUAAUAUCAUUGAGGAGCUUGCAAAUGAGAUGGUAAGCAAUGAAAUUCAGCUUGAUAACAUCACUUACUCGACUAUUAUUACCUGUGCUAAAAAAUGCAGUAGGUUUGAUAAGGCUGUGGAAUGGUUUGAAAGAAUGUAUAAAACUGGAUUGAUGCCUGAUGAAGUCACAUAUUCUGCUAUUUUAGAUGUUUAUGCUAAAUUAGGCAAGGUGGAAGAGGUGUUAAGUUUGUAUGAGAGAGGGGUAGCUAGUGGGUGGAAACCCGACCCUAUUACAUUCUCUGUAUUGGCAAAGAUGUUUGGUGAAGCUGGAGAUUAUGAUGGCAUUAGGUAUGUUCUGCAAGAAAUGAAGUCUCUAGGUGUCCAGCCUAAUUUGGUUGUGUAUAAUACAUUAUUGGAGGCAAUGGGCAAGGCAGGGAAGCCUGGCUUGGCUAGAAGUUUAUUCGAGGAGAUGGUGGACUCAGGGCUAACCCCGAAUGAGAAAACAUUAACUGCACUGGCUAAGAUUUAUGGUAAGGCUAGGUGGGCUAAAGACGCAAUGGAAUUAUGGGAACGAAUGAGGACAAAUAACUGGCCAAUGGAUUUCAUUUUGUAUAAUACGUUGUUGAAUAUGUGCGCAGAUGUUGGCCUUGUGGAGGAGGCUGAGAUGUUGUUUGAGGAUAUGAAGAGAUCAGAAAAAUGCAGGCCAGAUAGUUGGACUUUCACUGCUAUGCUGAAUAUUUACGGGAGUGGAGGGAAUGCUGAUAAGUCGAUGGAGUUGUUUGAAGAGAUGUCUAAGUUGGGUAUUGGGCUUAAUGUAAUGGGGUGCACUUGUUUGGUUCAGUGCUUAGGGAAGGCUAGAAGAAUUGAUGAUUUGGUUAAGGUUUUUAAUGUUGCGGUUGAUGGAGGGGUUAAGUUAGAUGAUAGGCUUUGCGGUUGCUUGCUCUCUGUUGCAUCACUAUGUGAUGAGAGCGAGGAUGUAGCUAAGGUCCUAGCUUGUCUGCAGCAAGCUAAUCCAAAGUUGGUUGCCCUUGUGAAAUUGAUUGAAGAUGAAGAAACUAGCUUUGAGACUCUAAAAGAGGAGUUUAGGGCUGUUGUCAGUGACGCCGCAAUUGAAACAAGAAGACCCUUUUGUAAUUGUUUAAUUGAUAUCUGUAGGAAGAGAGAUCUUCACGGAAGAGCACAUGAGUUGCUCUAUCUGGGAACCCUUUAUGGAUUGUACCCAGAUUUACACCACAAAACUGUAAAAGAGUGGAGUUUGGAUGUCCGCUCGCUGUCUGUUGGUGCAGCUCACACUGCACUUGAAGAGUGGAUGGGGACUUUGACCAAAUUCGUGCAGCGAAAUGAAGAAUUGCCCGAGUUAUUUUCAGCUCACACUGGUACAGGAACUCACAAGUUCUCUCAAGGACUAGCCAAUUCCUUUGAUUCCCAUGUGAAGAAACUUGCAGCUCCAUUUAGGCAGAGUGAAGAAAGGGCUGGUCAUUUCGUGGCAACGCGGGAGGAUUUAGUAACUUGGUUGCAAUCGAGGAUUCCGUCCUCUGUUGUAGCAUAA